AUGGAUGUUGGGGAGCUGUUGCGGUAUCAGGUAAGUCGUCCUGGGUUGGUAUAUAGCUCGGGCGGGGGGACGGGAGCAGGGACUCUGUGUGUCUCCGAGAUACUCUGCAUCGCUGUAUAUAGCAACCUGGUUAUUGUAUUCAUGCCAUGUGGGAAUCAGUGAGCAGUUACUGUGUCCAGCCAUUGAAUAACUACCUUGUCUGUUUGUAGCCAGCCUGCCCGUACGGCGCCGCCUGCGCGUAGCCAGCCAGCCCGUACGGCGCCGCCUGCGCGUAGCCAGCCUGCCCGUACGGCGCCGCCUGCGCGUAGCCAGCCUGCCCGUACGGCGCCGCCUGCGCGUAGCCAGCCUGCCCGUACGGCGCCGCCUGCGCGUAGCCAGCCUGCCCGUACGGCGCCGCCUGCGCGUAGCCAGCCUGCCCGUACGGCGCCGCCUGCGCGUAGCCAGCCUGCCCGUACGGCGCCGCCUGCGCGUAGCCAGUGUUUACAUGAAAAUGCCUGAAGGGAGCUAUUAUACUCACCAGAACAACUACAUUAAGCUGCAAUUGUCCUGGUGACUAUGGUGUCCCUUUAAUUACUGAUUAAACUUACAAACAGGAUAAAAUAAACUGCAUGUCUCCACCAAAAGUGGAUCUCAAGCUUGACAAAGACCUUGUAGGUCGAAAUGUUGUGAUGGAGUGGAUUCAAUAAAAUUGCCUUGUUUGUACCUUGGAGUGCCUGGACCAUUCUUUUAUUUUUGUUACUCAGCAUUUGGUCUCUGGUACUGAGACUGUUCGAGUUGCACCCAGCUACAUACUACUUAAAGGGACAGAGUGCAGUUCCACACCCUACCAUAACUACUUCUGUAUCUGCGUGCAUGUCACCCGUGGAACACAAGAUGGAGUUCUGGCCCUACUUGCGUGUCCCGACAUAAUAGAAUGUAAUGUGCGUAUGCGUCCCAACGUACGUUCUAUGUAUGCGUUCCACUCAGUGAACGUAUGCUCUACCUUUUUUUUUUUUUACUUGUAGCUCUAUUACACUAUUCCUGUUUUAUCUUUUUUAGGUUUUAUCAGGUUUUUUUAUUUUUUAUUAUUAAUUGUGUAGGUUAUUUAUAGCUUUAUUCACCUGGGUGUGCACGCUUAAAGUUAGUUUCUCCUUUUUAUUAUACUUUUGUGUACCAUCUUACCUUCAGUUCGUCCCCCUUUGCUUAACAGGUCUGCCUCCUCUGGCUUCCAUACCACUCCAGGAUGGUUUUCCUUAGGCAUACUAUAUAUUAUAUAAACAAACUGAUAGGAAGAGUAUUCGCUAUUGAUAAGUAUAAAAAGUUGAAGGACCACUCUAGGCACCCAGACCACUUCAGCUUAAUGAAGUGGUCUGGGUGCCAGGUCCAGCUAGGGUUAACCCAUUUUUAAUAAACAUAGCAGUUUCAGAGAAACUGUUAUGUUUAUUAAUGCCUCUAGUGGCUGUCUCAUUCACAGCCACUAGAGGCGCUUGCGUGAUUCUCACUGUGAUUUUCACAGUGAGAGCAUGCCAGCGUCCAUAGGAAAGCAUUAUGAAUGCUUUCCUAUGUGACCGGCUGAAUGCGCGCGCAGCUCUUGCCGCCCGUGCGCAUUCAGCCGACGGUGUGGAACGGAGGAGGAGAGAAGGAGAGCUCUCCGCCCAGCGCUGGAAAAAGGUAAGUUUAAACCCCUUUCCAGAGCCGGGCGGGAGGGGGCACCCUCAGGGCACUAUAGUGCCAGGAAAACGAGUAUGUUUUCCUGGCACUAUAGUGGUCCUUUGAGUGUAGCCCAAUUUUUUUUUUUUGUGGUUUUCAUUUGUAUUGUUCUGGGUUGUUGAAGUCUCAAUCCUCGGGUUGGUUGGCUCCUUAUGUUAGUCACAAGUAAUGUAAUUAUUUUAGAGCAUCUGGAUUAAUGCACCUGUUGGUUUGCUUUUACAUUAUAUCUUAUGUUUUACCAAUUUUGCACUUUAUAGUAUUUGUAUUAUUUUUUUGCAUUGGUUGAAUCUUAUGAUUGCUAUAUUGAGUUGUUGCAAGAAUGUUUGUUUAAUACGGGGAAUUUUGACGUCUAUUGCUAUCUAUGUACUAUUUUCUAUUUUUGCAGAGAGCUGGCUAUCCUAUUAUUUCACUUGGUUUUGAUUGUCUCCCAUUUCCAGUCCUUGUAUUGCUUUUUAUGUCCAGCCAUACUCCCUAGUUACACACUUAUUUGUGGUUUCUCAAUGUCAGCAAAAUCCACAGAGCCUGACCAUUGACUCUUAUGCUUAAAUUAACACUCCGAGCACCAUAACCACACUUUCGCUUUGGAGAGCCAGAAGGUCCUGCUAGGAGAAUCUGCAUUGCAGUGCUAGCUAAUUGGCUGAGAGUGUCAGCUGAUCGCUCUCAGGCACUAUGCUAACCCCUGUACCUUUUAGCUCUGACUCUCAUAGAGGCAAGGAGCGGUGCCCAGCAAAAGGCAGGUAAGAGUCAAACCAUAAUGGCUGAUGGUUUGGCUAUUUACUUUGGAGAGGGGGGCACAGUACUUCUGGCACAAUAAACACUAUAGAGUGUUGUAGUGGUUAUGCUGUUUGUAGAGUUCCUUUGAGUCCACCCCUGCGGAGAGAUCCAAAUUGCAGAUCGUGGCAGAACAUGCAGUAUCUUCCUUAUAUUUAUUGACAAAUUAUGAGUUUGCUACAGAUUCCUGAUUACUAGUUUAUCUUUACGUAAAAUUAGCAGUUUCUUUUUUUUUUUUUUUUAACAGUGAUUUCUCCAUAAUGUGCACAUUCAAUACAUAUUAAGAUCUAUUAAAGCGGCACUGUCACCGUCUGGGGACGUUGCAGAAUUUGCAAAGAUCCCCGACAGGGACAUCGCCGCUGGGGGUUCAGUGGCCAAGAUUGGGGGCAGGGAAAGUUCUGCUUACCUGAACCUAUCCCUCACUGGUGCCGCCACCUUCUCCAGGAGCUGACGUCACUGCUGUACUCUCGCGGAGCAGAUGAAUAAAUGAAAGCCAGAGUAGGAACGGGGAAGAGAAGAAGCGGUUGGGAAAAAAUAAGUACUGCGUGACUGACUCUUUAAGAAUGAUUAAUUGAUGGGUAGAAGUUCAAAUACCCAGAGAGACUACUUUAGACUUUAGAAAUCCUAUAUGCCUUGUGUUCAGAACAAACCCAGCAUUUAGGCAUUUUGAGGUCCAUUAGGUGUUUGAAGUUCAGACUGACAAGCAGGUCAUGAAUAAUCAAACGUGUCAUAGGGGAAGUAGAAUGCUAAAGUAACAAUCCAGUAAGCAGGGAGGUUACAUAUCAUUUCAAUCUGAAAAUACAUUGCUGCAUGUGUUGAAGAAACAUGGACAAGGCAGAUAAACACAGUAUGUGUCUUAAUAAAAGCAGGUGUCUUCUUGUACUCGCAAUGGCAGUGUGGGUUUACUUGCUGUCUGUGCGUGUCCGAUGUAUCUCCUCCUGCCAAGUGGCAUAGCUCUGAUAUAUGGUCACUUGCUUUAUAAAAGUCAGAAAGUGCUUAGCAUAACUUUCCUCAACUUUAGCAAUACUAGGUUAGUUUUUUUGUUUUUUUGAGCUGGUAGUGUGUGUGUUAUCAUGUUUUCUUUCUGAAAAAUGUUUCUAUAACUCUGUAAAGGAACACGCAUAAGUCAUGACUCAGAAUUUUGAGUCGUAAGCUACUGGCCAGUAAUAACAUUUGCCUUGGUACAAACCUUGCCAGUGUAUGGCUCUCCAUGCUUUACUACUUACAUGGCUGUACUACUUACCAGCAGUAGCUCUGUGCUAAUUAGCCAUAUCCCAAGGUAAGUAGCCGGUGUAGGACAGAGCAUUCUUGGCACCAUAACCACUACAAAUGUGGACAGCAAGCUAUGUUAAUUUAACAAAACAUGAUUAAAAAAAUAACACAACCCUUAGCUAACUGUUAGCUGUCCCCCCCACCCUCCAAACCAACCCUGGUUGGUUGCAUUUCAGCUGAAGCUUUUUUCCAAAUGAAUUUCAGUGCAGCAGUGAACCUUGGAGCAAUUUUGCCAGCCAAAUUGAGUAUUGAGCUGACUGACCGCAACCAACAAUAGCUUUCCAGAUUAGUAGGACCCACACUGCUUCCCUCUCCAAUUAUUAAAAGAACACUAUAGUGUUAGGAAUACAAACUUGUACCUGGCGCUAUAGUGUCCUAGUUGCACAUUAGUUUUAGUUCCCCCUCCCCCAUAUUUUCUAUAAAAAUCUAAAAAAAAUAAGAGAUUAAUGUAAGUGGAAAAAAAAAUGUUUUUACAGAAAAUGGGGGGCUAAAAUUGAUCUGCAACUACAACACUGUACUUUUCUCCAGUGCGAAGAUUACCUCGGUUCUGUGCCAGAUCUUGCAGUGUAAUUUGUCUCUCUCUGUGAUGGUCAAUGCAAUACUACUCAUGGAGAAACAUGAUGCGCAUGUACAGCUAGCAGCAGGUGCAUCCAAAAGCUUUUCAUAGGAAAGCAUUGCAUUUAAUGCUUUUCUAGAAGCUGCAACCUCACCUGACCGAGCGGAAGCAGGAGAGGUGCGUUUAAACCUGCAAUCUAAAAAUUGUGGUGUCUACAAAACGGCACUGUUUUACAUUGCAGAGUUAAAAUGACUGGACCACUGCAGCCAGACCAUGUCAUUGAGAUGAUGUAGCCUGGGCGACUCUAAUGGCCUUUUAAGUAAUGUAUGGAGACAUUAUCUCAGGUAGUACGUGUGUGUGUUUUAUGUAGCGAAUACAUAUUACAAGAUGAAUGAGAUCAUCUCUGCUGCGGUGUACAGUAUAUAAAGUAUUAGGCGUUUGCUCUAACAGAUCAGAGUUCAUGGAAAAACAUGGAGCUAUUUUCUCUGGACUAUGUUACAAGUUAGCAGGAAAAUAUGUAUGAAAUCACAUUUUUAGCUGAACACCUUAUUAUUGCAUUUAUUUAUAUUCAGCAUUCACACACACUUUAUUUUUUUUCCUUGGGCUUCAGAAUUUCUGAAUAUUUCACAUCAUAACUUCCAUAAUGAUCACUCUUUUUGCUAGCAUAAUAAAAUUCAUAUUUUUUUGGUCCAGCGGGUGUCAAUUUCAGUUUUUCACACAAGGUGGCAAUUAGCCGUGGGCCCCAACCCUGAUCAAAGACCAUAUUGGUAUUCAGCUCUGGAGAAGGAAAAUAAAUCAGAAAGAAAAGGAAAGUUAUUGUGAUUGGCUGGGGAGAUUAGAAUUACCAUCUCAUCUACGUGCAGACUUUAAAAUGUUCAAGAAUUGCACAAUCAAAGCAACAUUUUAUGGAAAUAAUGCUUCUGUGAAACAGAAUACCACCCUCCACCCUUAAGGCUAUAUUUAAAUGUAGAUAUGAUUAUUCAGGCAUUUGAUUCUCAUUUUAAUGUGUGAUCUCUCUGAGUUAUUUUAAUGUGUGACUAAUACUACUCUCAACAACUCUUCCAGACUCCAUGCCACCCCCCUGGUCUUGUCCCUAAUAGUGUAGCUGGCAGAGACUCGAGGCUUUGGCAAAAAACGAUUACCAGCUGCUUCACAAAAUGUUGGUAAAAAACGAACAAGCCUAAAUCGUAGAGAUUUGUAUGAACACUUUUGUAUCAUGUAUAUUGUAGAGAAAAUAGGAGGCUAUGUUGUUUAUCCACUCAGCUGGGAAUUGCGGAGAAAUCAGGGCAUUCGAUACUGUAGGCUAAAUGCCAAACAGAAAAAUAAUCUCCAGUUCUUCUUUGCAGCUUGGCCUAUAUUUUGCAAUUUAACAAUAAUAACAAUAACAAUAAUUUUGCAAUAAUAACUUCUUUAUUUGUUCAGUUAAAGGAACACUAUAGGGUCAGGAACACAAACGUGUAUUCCUGACCAUAUAGUGUUAAAACCACCACCUAGCCCCCUUGCCUCCAUACAUAUAGUAAAAUCUUACUUGUAUUAAAGUCUGCAGCUGCUGCCUCUACCCUUGAUCUGCUUGCUUGGCUGACAUCAUCAGUAGUGAUUCUGUGAGCCGAUCACAAUGCUUUGCCAUAGGAUUGGCUGAGACUGUGAAGGAGGCAGAUAAGGGGCACAGCCAGCACAAGUCAAACACAACCCUGGCCAAUCAGCUUCUCCUCAUAGAGAUGUAUUGAAUCCAUGCAUCUCUGAUGAAAGUUCAGUGUCUCCAUGCAGAGGGUGGAGACACUGAAUGUCAGUCACACUGUGUAGCACUGCCCCAGAAGACACCUCUAGCAGCCAUCUGAGGUGUGGCCAGUGGAGUUAUCACUAAGCUGUAAUGUAAACACAGUAUUUUCUCUGAAAAGACAGUGUUUACUGCAAAAAGCCUGAAGGGAAUGAUUCAACUCACUAGAACAAAUACCAUAAGCUAUAGUUGAUAUGGUGACUAUAGUGCCCCUUUAAUAACCCUCACUCCAGCUUGGCACAUUGCAGUUCACGGUUCAGCGAAUAAUUCACUCAGUGUGCAUCUUCACUUGUCAUUUAAUUGUGCAGGGUUAGCAUAUAUACUAAAAAAUAACAGCCACAUUAACUGUGAUCUUCUGUUGCCUACACAUAAUAUCUGCCUUUCCUGCUGUCUUUGGAAGAUAAAAUUGGACUUUUCACAUGCUGUAAUUAAUAAUUUUAAUUAAAGCCCAUAACUCUGCCUCAGAGCAGCGAGUUGAGCGGACUGAAGGGAUCCUCUAACAUACCAAAUCCCAGCACUUCAUUAGAGCACGAGGCUAAGCUGGCAGGGCAAGAUUAGUGAGUGGCUAACGAGGAGCAUGAAUUAUUAAUUGGCAAAUUACAGUUCAGAUUCUGAACAGGGUCCGAGCCUUGUACUAUAACCUGCACACCGUACUUAUAAUUGCUUAGAUUCCGAGCAGUUCUUCACUGCAACAGAAUGUUACAAGGGAUAUAUCAUGGAAAAAGAAUUUGUAACAAUGUUCUGCAAUUUAGCCUUUAAGGUAGGGCCAGGAAAAAGAUAUGAAACAACCUUUUAUAUUAAGGGAUUUAAUAGCUGAGGAAUGUAGGCUUUUGUUCUGUUUUUAUAGAAAAUAAUUAAAAUUACAUGGCAUGGCUCUAUAGUCGGAGUGUUGACUUGGCUGCUUAAAGGGGCAGUUGGAGCUUCGAAAGACGUGUUAAAGCUUAACCAUACAAAUAUGCUUUAUAGCAUGUAGGCAGUGUGUUGUGGAUAGAGGCAGUAGACUGAUCCAUGAAGCGGUUAUGUUAAAUUUUUGCUUUAGUUUCCUGUAGAAAAGGCACUAAGGUGUUAAGCCAGAAAGAAUGACAAGAAAAUCUCUUAGUGGGAGUGGGCAGCAAAAAGGACAAGGGGGCCUAGAUCAAAGGGAAUAUAUUCGGGUUUUUGCACUAGCAAUUAUCUGGUGGUUUUUGGUCUGCACCAUUUGUGGUCUUUUCUGAUUUUAUUUUGUAGGUUGUUUAUUUCUCUAUGUUUAUUCAGAAUAUCAGAGGAAUCUUCUAAACAUCUACUAUUUUAUAGGGUAACUUAUUUUCAUAAUUACCCCCUUUUUAACCACUUGAGUUUUAUAUUGCAUAAGGGGUUUUUACGCCUUUUGCUAACAUCUGGAGAAGCAUUGGCUCGGUGGAUUGCGACGAUUGCUACGCAUGCAGAUCGUCACAAUCAACCUUUUUUAUUUGUAUGUGCUCCAACACUUUUCCAUCUGAAGUUGCCAGGGUGUAUGUACCUCCAAAAGAGGUGGAAUAAAUUAAAUUUUCAUCCAAUCCAAUGUUCCUUGUAGAUGAGUUUCCCCCAUUACCGGGACACUUGGCCAGAAUACUCCUGGCAUCACAACUACUAUGGAGGGCUGUAGUAACCUUUUAAAACAUUUAAAAACUUUUUUUUUUUUAAUUACAAUUUUGAUAUUUGGAUCUACAAAUGUGUGUUAGGUUGAGCCAUUUGGCUUUGUCUGCCUCUUUUGAGUGGCUCUUACAUAUUUUGUUUUGGUUCAAUCUACGGUGACCCUUUGGAUAGUCCAUUAAUAGAAUAAAGUCCUUUAGACUAGUAAUUUAUAAAAAAAAUAAACACUGAUGCAGUGAUGACUUGAAUCAUAUAGUAUCUGCCAAAAUAUGGAGGAUAUGUUUGAAAGGAGACUUGAUUAUAUGGUCACCACCUCUUCUCAAUUUGACAGUAGACAAUACAUUUAAGACAUUUCAAUGUGUGUGUGUGUAUGUAUAUGUAUGUGUGUAUAUAUAUAUAUAAUUUAUUUUAUUAAAAGUACAUUUAGUUAGAAAUUGUUCUUAUUUCAUGUACUGUGCUUGAUUCUUAUCAUUAGCUCAUUUUCUUUUAUUUGAAGACAUUUUUAACCUGAUCUAAUAUUCACUGCAUGAGAAAGCAGUUGUGUACCGGCUUCCCCGCUAUUUUCAGAGAACGGUUUCUUUCUGCAUUCCUCAGAGCUCCCAAUGCUUCAGUAAGUAGCUUCAGACACUAUUGUGCAAGGGGUGAGCAGAAAAUGACAUCUCCUAGAGAUGACGACUCCUACGGGUAGGCAUUAUUGCCAGUUCAGAAGAGACUAGCGCAUUGCCAAGUGGAAAUGGAUAAGGAGUUGAAACAUUUCUAAUACUGUUUGAAGGAGUGAUGAUCGGUCUAGAAAGCCAUAGAUUGUGGAUUUGUAAGUCUGCAAAGUUGGCGUUAAAGUAUUACAAAAGGCCACAGCAGGGCUGCUAUCCAACACAGAAAGGGUUGACGAAAGUUAUGCUUAUGAGUCAGACUGACAUCCAGAAGGGGUGUUUUAAUGCACUAAACUGAAAUGUUAGUGUUUGAACCUGGAUUUCUUUAAAUUCCUGUGAUAAAAGCUUUCCCACUUUAAUAUAUAAUCAAGUUUUUUAAAUUCAUAGUCCUAAGUGUGUAGUUCUCUAGAAAGUUCUAUUAUUUUGCUGAACAACGCGCAGGGAAAAAUAUUUUCUGCUGUAUCCUGAACGAAAGAAAUAUGUAUAUAUUGUGUGUGUGUGUGUGUGUGUGUGUGUGUGUAUAUAUAUAUAUAUAUAUAUGUUUUAUACUGUGAGAAGAAGGCAGACAGGCGGAGGCAGUGUUAUGCUUUGAGCAAUUUCCUGCUGGGAAACCUUGUGUCCUUGCAUUAAUGUGAAUGUUACUUUGACACGUACCACCUACCUAGAGAUUGUUACAAACCACGUACACCUUUUCAUGGCAAUGGUGUUACCCCAUGGCAGUGGCCUCCAUCAGUAGAAUAAUGCACUCUGCCACACUACAAAAAAUGUUCAGGGAUGGUUUGAGGAACAUGGCAAAUUGUUCAAGUUGUUGCCUUGGCCUCCAAAUUCUGCAAAUAUCAAUCUGAUUGAGCAUUUGUGGGAUGUGCUGGAACAACGAAUCUGAUCCGUGGAGCCCCCUCCUUCAACUUGCAGGAGUUAAAGGAUCUGCUGCUAAUGUCCUAGUGCCAGAUAUUAAAGGACAUGUUUAGAGGUUUUGUGGAUUCCAUGCCUAAACGCAUGAUGCACAUACUUUGAGCUCACUUGGCCGGUUCACAAAUUGUCAAGCUUGUUGUAUUCUGAGAGCCACAGGAUUCGGGUUCCUCAGUUAAUGCUUUCAUUCUUGGGCAAUGUUAACAUCCACAGCGGUAUCAAAAUGAGCUAAAUUUUCAACUUAACCUUUUUGGUAAAAUACUUUUCUGCAUCUUAUGUAGACUGUUUAUUUCUGUUAACAUGCCAUGAUUUUUUUUUUCUCCCUGUGCAGCCAGAUAGAGGCACAAAACGAGGGCGUGAAGAUGAUCCUGAGGAGCCGAAAGUUUCGAGGAAGGAGAGGGGAAGCCGCAAGUGGCUUCGUGAGGAAGAUAGAGGGACAUCAGAGGACCAGAGGAAUGCUUUGGAUGCAGUUCCUGGAGGGGAAGAUGGAGAGGAGGAUGAGGUAAUUGACAUAAAUAAUUCCCAUUGAUUUACAUCUAUUUUUAUCUGCAAGUGUACUCUGUAUUCAUCUGUAAUAUGCCAGUGACUUGUGGGUCUUCCCUUUUAAGCAUACAGGGUGCUACUUAAAAGAUUCUGGGGGUCGAGGGAGACAUGCAGAUUUGCUUGCUUGCUCUACUCCGUCCCUCUUUGAGACUGAGGCUAGUUCCCUGUAGGUUUUCUCUUUUUAUAUAUACUUUUUACCUAGCAAUGUCCUUAGCACGGUGUUAUAACAUUGGUUCCCAAAUCAGUCUUCAUGGUCCAUCAACAAUCCAGGAUUGAUGUAUUUUGCUGUUUUAUUCCAUUGGAGAUGCUGAAAAAAUCUGGACUGUUGGUGGGUCUUGAGAACUGGUUGGGAAACAAUUAAGGCUUGCUCUCAAACUCCCACUACUCCUGGGCAGCAGCAAUGGCUAUGUUCUAUAUAUGUGGGCUGAUGCAUACUGGAACCAUUGCUGGGGUGUAAUUUGGUGUGUUUAUAUUUGCUUUUGUAUUUCACAGACACGUUACAGUGCCAGUGCUUCCACCCAUCCCAUGUGUACCCUAUUAAUGUUUAAUAAGUUGGGGUUUAUAAGAAAUAUCCUUUUUGGUCGUGUUAGAGAUUUUGCCUUUAAUUAGAAAGCACCAAGGUCAAAUGUUAGUGUAAGACUCACCUAAGAGGUUUGCCUUGAUGUGGCAGGUGAGCUUACACUUUAAUGGCCAUUGGAGUGCUACCAAAAGUCUUGGAUUUGGGAUAGAGGGUAGGUAAUUUUUUAUUUAUUUGUAUUUGCUUUUGUUCAAGACAAGAUAUCUGCCAUGAUCAUUAGGUCUGUAGUGUUUAUUUAAAUAAGAGAUAAUGCGAGAACUAAUUAGUUCUUACAUUGUAUGGUUUUGUGCAUGCAGCCACUGAUCCAAGUAUGUCGCUUUUAUUUUUCAGUAACUUAUUAACGGUCUGACGUGUUUCACUGCACAAUCAUUAAAAACAAACUAAUAGACCGCGAAUAUUACAUGAAAUAAAAGUUGCUGAGAUACUUGCUUCUGAAAGCUUACAGUGCUUAAAAUGUUAUAUUAAUGUAUAAUUACACAUGCUAAUAUGCAUAGACAUGUCUGGGCACGACUUCUGUGUUUUUGUUUUUUUUCCUUAAAUGAAUUCUAAUAGAAAACCGUAUUUACAUAUGCAAACUACUAAUGUACCCAGAAAUUCAAUAGAUGGAUAGUAUAUCAGGAGAGAACAAAAAUAAUUCAUUGCUAAAUGACUUGGUUAGAAUUUCUGUCACAUAAACUUAGAAAUGUUUCAUGGUACAAAAUAAAACCAUCCAAUGAUCUAUGCUAAUCUCUGAACUGCUUUAGUACGUGGGGAUAUAUUGUUCACAUAUGUCUAUAUUGAUGUCUGAUCUUUGCAGAGAGACUGUGGGAAUUUUAGCAUGCAUCACAUAAUCAUUGAUGCUUGGAGUAGUCAUUUCAUUGUCUCUUCAUUCCCAGCUUUUGCCCAUUUUCACUUUCCUUUUUAUGUUCAGAUGGAGACCUUGGAUGAGAGUUCCAUAAAGAGAAUGAUCCUCACCUUUGAGAAGAGAUCCUACAAGAAUCAGGAACUACGCAUCAAGUUCCCUGACAACCCUGAGAAGUGAGUAGCCAGUGGUCUUUAUAGCUGUCUUUCCCUGACCACCUCCACCAGACAUGCUUGGCUCAUGGUCAGGGCCGUCUUUACCGCGGGGCAAACGGGGCAGCUGCCCCGGGCCCAGUUACUCUUGGGGGCCCGAAGCAGCUGCACCGUGGGCCCCGCUGACCUCAAGCAUUUUUCCCAACUGCCGGUGCAGCCACGCACCCGGUGGGCUUCUGUCAGCAGGGGCCCGGUCUUGCGCUCUGGCGCUUUAAGAGCGCGACCAGGCCCUCUUGCUUUUCGGCAGCCGGCUAGGAGGAAGUGACGGCUGCACGUCACUUCCUCCCAUAGAGAGAGGAGCGCGCGGGAGGAGGAAGAGGCAGAGCGGUGGGGGUCUGGGCCGAGCUAGCCAGACCCCAACUCCCAGCAGCUUCAGCCACUGGUAGGAAAGUCACCCUCCAACGUAGAAAGGGUGGGUUUAAUAGUGUAAAUUUUGCAUGUGUAUCUGUGAAUGUGUCAGUAUGUCUGUCAGUGCGUGUGUCAGUAUGUCUGUCAGUGCGUGUGUCAGUAUGUCUGUCAGUGCGUGUGUCAGUAUGUCUGUCAGUGCGUGUGUCAGUAUGUCUGUCAGUGCGUGUGUCAGUAUGUCUGUCAGUGUGUGUCAGUAUGUCUGUCAGUGCGUGUGUGUGUCAGUAUGUCUGUCAGUGCGUGUGUGUGUCAGUAUGUCUGUCAGUGCGUGUGUGUGUCAGUAUGUCUGUCAGUGCGUGUGUGUGUCAGUAUGUCUGUCAGUGCGUGUGUGUGUCAGUAUGCCUGUGUGUGUGUCUGUGAAUGUGUGUCAAUAUGUCUGUCAGUAUAUGUGUGUGUGUGUGUCAGCAUGUCUGUUAGUGUAUGUGUCUCUGUGUGUCCAUAUGUAUGUCAGUGUGUGCAUGUCUGUAUGUCGGUGUGUACAUGUCUGUAUCAGUUUGACUCUUUUUGUCUGUAUGUCGGUGUGUGUGUUGGUGAAUGUCAGCAUGUCUGUCAGUGUGUCAGUAUGUCUGUGUGUGUCUCAGUAUAUAUCUGUCUGUCUAUGUGUCAGUAUGUCUGUCAGUUUAUGUGUCUGUGUAAGUAUGUCUAUCAGUGUAUGUUUGUGUGUCACUUUGUAUAUCUGUGUGUAUCUAUAUGUUGUCAUUUUUUGUAUCUGUGUGUUUGUCAGUGUGUAUAUAUGUGUGUGUAUCUGCAAGUGUGUCAGGUGUGUAUAUGUGUGUCUGUGUAACUGCAUGUGUGUCAGUGUUUGUAUCUUUGUGUAUGUCAGGAUGUGUAUCGGUGUGUCUGUAUGUGUGUCAGUGUGUAUCUGUACGUUGUCUUUGUGUGUUUCAGUGUAUCUGUAUGUUAUGUUAUUAGUAUGUGUGUCAGGUUGUGUGCAUAUCUACCUGUGUGUUUGUGUGUGUAUAUGUGCAUACAUCUCAACAUUCACACGCUAACACUACACACAAAUACACCCCUGCAUUCAAGCUUCAGCACAACAUACAAAUACACGUCUGUGUUAAACACCAACAUUAUAUGUAUACACACCCCUGCAUUCAAAAACCAACACUACACAUAAAUACAUGCUUACAUUCAAACGCCAAUGCCACAUACAAACAUAUUCCAUACAAAAACCUGUUUACAUUGAAACACACAAAAACAGCUUAGUGCUAAAUACAAACCUGCAAAUAUGGAUAAAUGGUAGAGCCCCAGCUGUCAAGGCAUUGCUGGAGUUGCACAACAGAUGGGGAUCUACCUUUUAAACAUCCUUGCAAUAGAGAGGCCCAAAAAAAAUAUUCUUGCACCUCUCUACUUUAGGUAGCCACUGCGUUAAGGGUGAUAACGUGUUUGCACGCCUGGGGAGGGUGUACAUGGUCCAGGGGGCCCAAGCAAAUGUUUUGCCCAGGGUCCAAUCAAUAUUAAAGACGGCAUUGCUCAUGGUUCCGACCUAUUCAAUAAUUAUCUCACCCAUUCGCAAACUGACCCUUCUGAAAUCUUCUGUCUUGUCUCCCAGCUAAUGUCAGCUCUCCUGUAACUAUAUACUGGUUUUCUUUUUUAGGUUUAUGGAGUCCGAGCUAGACCUGAAUGACAUUAUACAAGAGAUGCAUGUAAUCGCAACUAUACCCGAUUUGUACCAUCUACUGGUGGAACUCAAUGCUGUGCAGUCACUGCUAGGCCUCCUAGGGCAUGAAAAUUCUGAUAUCCUUUCAAUUGCUUGGUGCUGAAUGUGGGUGGUCUGAUGGAACUGGAAGGAAGAUUAGAGAAGUUGCUGGGGAAGCUUAGGUACACAGAACUUUAGUGAAAGUGCUAGAAAAUUAACUUUUAUACAUUGUGGUAGCAAAUGAAUAGAUUGUCUGAUAAUCAAAUGAAAAUUAUGGUCACUUCCUUCUCCUGUCAAAGAGUUUCCCAGAUAAACCUCCCUGCCAUCAGAAUAGUGUUAUAUGCCAACACUUGAAUAACAGGAGAGAGCAGGAUACAGGUUAUUCUCUUGCUCUCCAUCAAAAAUAUUGAUGUAACAAACGUGUCUUGUGCUUAUUGGGGAAUAUAGAAACUUUGUGAUCUGUUUUGAUACGAGUCCAUCUUGAGACAGUGACAAAGUGGGGCAGGAGCAAGUUUAGACAGUAAGGGGGUUAUCAACCAUGAAUCUGGUAUAAUGGCUGCACUAGCAUAUUGGAGAAUAAGUACUACAGAUAAUGCCUUAAUAUUUAUCUUUGUGAUUAAUUAUAUAUUUACUGAAUUACUAGCUGUUGUAUGUUAACGGGGCACUCUAAACGCCAUAACCUGUACAGCCAUUUCAGUGGUUAUGGUGCCAGCAGGCUACUGCAGUUGUCCCCCAGUUAUUUGUCAUAUGUUUUUUAAGCAGUUUGACACAAAAUUAUGGUCACCUCAUUUCUUUUUAGAUGAGCCGCUUGCUCACCAUUUUGCUAAUGUGGAAGUUGCAUUAGCAAUAUCAAUGUCCAUAUUUGUACAACAGUGAUGUAUGCCGGUAGCACCAUACCCACUACAGUGGGUUGCUCUUUAAAGUGUACCUGUCAUAACAAGUUCACUUUAAAUUCCCUUGAGAAAUAUUUGUGAUUUGGCAGCAACUUAACUUGGUUUUUCCUUAAAUAAUCCUUUUGUUUGUUUUUAGCUGAAUGUCUAGAUUCUUAAUUCACUAUUGCUAUCCUCUCCAUGUUAAUGUAAGGAGUAUUAAUGUCGGUAUUUAUUUUGGUCAAUUUAUGUAAAGAUGUACACCCUGGUCUACCAUAGACGCAUAGACAACUUUUUUCCUUAGCCUGUCACAUGUCUGUAUUGCUGUGGUUGACCUGUUGCAGGAGCUCACAGAUAUAGACACUCUACAUGAAAGUGAGGAAGGAGCCCAGGUCCUUAUUGAUGCACUGGUGAGUGAGAUGGGUUGUUUGUCUUUCUCUGCCAAUAGAUUGACUUGCAUGUUGGAGAAGGAUGACUAAAACUUCUAAACAUCAAGGUGGAAUUGUGAGGACUGUUGACCCCAACCAUCUCUUGGCAUCUGGAAUGUAAAUGUUUUUACUUGUGCAUAGGUGGAGGGUCAGGUGGUUGCUCUACUGGUGCAGAAUCUGGAUCGUCUGGAUGAGGCGGUGAAAGAAGAAGCUGAUGGCGUACACAAUACACUUGGUAUAAUAUUACAUCUCUUACUCACACUUCCUUUUUGUAGUCUCCAUAUUAAACCGCUUAAUCCUAUCCUCCGCUUCCUCGCUUUGUUUUCUGGAAUAUUUAGUUUGACCACUUAGUUGCGUAUUAAACCUAGUAACCACCUCGACCAAAGAAGACCUGAUCUUUUUCUAGUUUCAGAUUAUCUUCUUGGUAAAUGUUAGUGGUAGCUGUAGACUAUCCCGAGCCCGAUAUCUCUGCUCACUUUUUACUGUUUUACCUGGAUUUUCAUUAUUUAUUGCUCAUUCACAGAGCAGGUUAUCUACAUUUAUUCUCUUUUCCACAGCAAUUAUUGAGAACAUGACUGAGUUUCGACCCGAAAUAUGUGCUGAUGCAGCUCAACAAGGACUUCUCCAGUGGCUGCUCAAAAGGCUGAAGGUGAUUAAACUGAGAUGACUCUCUUUUUUUUGUUUUUACUACGUUACAAUAUCCCAAGUAAUUUCCAUCUCCCAGUAUUCCCGUAGCCUCAGUGUUUCAGAAUACUAUUAGGCUGGAUGUAAAGUCUUUGCCUCCAUUUACCAGCUGCUAAUUCUCUCAAAUUUUGUUUCCUGCUAGGCCAAGAUGCCAUUUGAUGCCAACAAGUUGUACUGCAGUGAAAUCCUGGCCAUUCUUUUACAGAAUAAUGAUGGUGAGGUUUAUGUUUUAUUAAUGCUGUCUUUAUCAGUUUCCGAUUGCCUUUAUUUUUUUAUUUUUUUUAAUGUGCUUCUCAUACGGUUUUUCUUUUGUAUCUGCUCCUCCUAUCUUGUUUACCAUCUAUACCCCUUAUUCUUCCUUGUUAAGUUCUCAAUCCUCUUUCAUCAUCUUUGUUUUCUGUUUUCUUGGUGGCAUUUUCUCUUCGUUGCUGUGUUUUCUUUGCAAUCUCCCCCUUCAGCCCCCCCUUCUGUCUCCUGUUCCACCUUGCCCCUCUGUUACUGUGUAUUGAUUUCUGCCGCUGAUGGAUCUAUUUUUCUGUGCUGACAUUAUCUCUCCCCUUCUCAGACACUCGGGAACUCCUUGGUGAACUAGACGGAAUAGACGUGCUGCUUCAGCAGUUAUCAGUGAGUGCCUCUCAGUUCCUACCCGCUUGCACCUUGGCAUAUCUCCGAGCAAAUAGUGACAUGUUGCUGCUUCAGCUUCUAAAAGAGACUCAAUGUUUUUUGCUAAUGUCAUCAGUUUGCCAUACUGCCAACUUUAUUUUUCCCUCUUUCUCCCACAUAUAUUUUGGGGGUUUCUGACUCUGUAGAGAAGAGCACCAACACCAUGUGUUGUUUCAUAAUAUCCCAGGUCUCACAGGGGUAACUGAUCUCCCUAAAUUGUCAUAAGAAUCUAAAUAUGGUCAUAAUGUCAUCCAAUGUUAAUGCUUUAGUCUGGCAUUUGCCCUGAAAUGAACCUGACUUGGUCACUGCCCAGUAUAACGAACACUUCUCCUCUUUUUUGUCACUUAUCUUAUUUCCAUUAACUAAAAAUUGCAAAAGCAUCUAUAUCAGUAGAACCACUUACUAACCAUCAAGCUCAUAAUUUCUUGGUCUAGAUAGGAAAUAAACACUAGUUUUCAGUUUGCUGAUAAUCCUUGAACCACUUGUAGUGUGCCAUGGAUGAGCUGCCUUCUGUCUCCAUUUAUCAUUUGAUUUGCGUUUUCUUUUGUUUGCUACAGGUAUUUAAACGCCACGACCCUAGCACAGCAGAAGAGCAGGAAAUGAUGGAGAAUCUGUUUGAUGCUCUCUGUUCUUGUCUGAUGCUCAGCAGCAAUAGAGAACGUUUCCUGAAGGGAGAGGGCUUGCAGCUCAUGAACCUCAUGCUUAGGUGAGAUGAGAUUGUGUUUACACUCUGUGUCUGGGGAGCUGCAGCUCGAACCACAACCACACAUAAAGCAGGAAAACGAAAUCCACAAGGGCAGUUUAAGUGGUUAUGGUUUAAGGAAGCAACAUGCCUGAUAAGUAAAAACCGCUAUGUUUGUGUAGUAAGGGAAGGUUGACAAUGCCUAUAUUGUUCUUUCAGGGAAUCAUUAGUCAUCAUGGCUUUUAAGGAACACUGUACACAACAUAACUUCAGAUCUGUGUAGUAUAGAUCCUGCAUGCCACAGAGAACCAACGUUUAUGUCAAACAAAUUCUAAAUGGUUUGGCAUUAAAUUAGAGCAGAGCACCUAGAGUCUGUAUAAAACAUUAUUCCAAGCUGUAAUGGUUAUGUUGCUUAGUGUCCCUUUAACGAAACACUAUAUAGUGAUAGGGAUACACACCUGUAUUCCUGUCACUAUUGUUGUGAAAACACUAGGCCCCCAGCCCCUUUGUAAGCAUUGUAAAAAGUGAUUUUACUCUCCUUUUUAUUCUAGGGCUGUGAGGGUUAGUCAUGGACUGCUCCACCCCCACCCCCACCUCUUUGGCUGAGAAACUUCGAGCUGCGCCAAUCUGCAUCUCCUCAUAGAGAUCAUUGAAUCAAUGCAACUCUAUGGGGAGCGUUCAGCAUCUCCAUGCAGAGCGUAGAGACACUGAACGUCAGUACUUCACACUAUGCAGCACUGACCCAGGAAGCUCUUUUAGUGGGCAUCUGAGUGACAGCCACUAGAGGUGUCCAAAGGCAGUAAUGUAAACACUGUGUUUAAAAAAAGAAAAAAAGAAGAAAAAAAAAAGCUAUUCUGCAAAUAAAUGCCAAAUAGUGAAAAGUGUGUAGCGCUUUAACAAAUAAACAAACUCUUACUCCUGGAAUUCUCAGGACAUAUGGGCAAUGGGUGGGAAAAUCCUAAAAAUGAAAUAUAUAAAAUAUGGUGCAAUAUGAUCGAUAUAGUGGUGAGAGAAAUAUCCUAUACUGGAUUCAUUCACAUGGUCAAGAGCCUCUUAAGGACUGGCUCUGAUCUCAUUAGCUUUUUUGUCCUUAAGGUGACAUACACCCUAAACGUCGAUAUUAGGCGAAAACCUCAAAAUGGAGACAAAAAAAUUGAAAGAACAGGGAAGCAAUGCUGACCCUGGUCCAGAAAUCCUUGAUGUAAUAAAGUGCAGAAUAUAAAUAAAAAUUGGCUUCUCACCUUGUCAGGAGCCUAUAACUGGGCUCCAAGUAUGUGGAUAUUGUGUCAAAUUAGAGUGACACAGCCCUUCUUUAAGCAGCAUAGAUGUUUAACCAGACUUCUUCUGUAAAAAAGUAAAAUUUAUUGUAACAUAUACUAUAAAACAAAAUCAAUAUACUUAAGUGCUGGUGAUGAGUCCAAGGCGCGUUUAGCCUGUAUAAUUCGGCUUUAUCAGUUGGUGAUUAAAAAUGCUGCUAGUUCAAAUUUAAAUACCCCAUGGAGGGGAGUUAAUUGGUGAAUGGUGUCCGUGAUACAUUCUAUCACAACGCUCCGUAUCGGUGGGAGUGUUGGAUUUCUAGUAGGUUGGAGAGUUCCCACUUUAGUGUGGUAGCUGCUAUCGCUUUUUCUUGUACUGUAUUGUAUUUUAUUCUACGAUAAGCGCCUUUUAUCACCGAAUAUCCACUCCAUUUUACUAUAUUGUGUAAUGUAAACACUACCUUUUCUCUGAAAAGGGGCAGUGUUUACAUUAAAAAACAGGGACAGACUGUACACACCGAACAACUACAUUAAGCUGUUAUUGCUCUGGUGACUAUAGUGUCCCUUUUAAGUGUAAAGCAGUUGCUACACUAUAACAUUCUUUAGUCUUGUCUAGAACAUGCCCAGUUCUCCUGGAAUUAUUUGUAGUUUCUUUAUAUGGUGGACGCAAUGCCUCUAUGUAAAUAAAAUAGUCUGUGGAGCCAGGUAUUACACUACUUCAUCAAUUUCAAUCUUAGUAUAUCCUAGACUUGGGCACCGCCGAAAAGUUAGUUUUGUCCGACUACAUUUGCUAGUCUUUUAUUUAUUUUUUAUAACUCCCAGCAGCCAAGGACAAAUUUUUUUUGUCCAACAAGCAAUUUGUUAUUGAAUUCAUUUGUUGUACUUUGUAUUGGGUGAAUAGCCAAAAUUUGGACAAACACAUCUUCGUCCAAAAACGAAUGGCCAAGUCUAAUAGAUCAGUGCAACAAUGGAUCUGAGGUGGCUAGCCUCUUCCAUGACAUUCAAAUAGGAAAAAGAGAUCCGAACACUCCAGAUGGGAUUAAAUGAUGACUUUAAUAGGAAUUAACCACAAGAGAUAACAUUUCAGCCACACAGUGUGGUCUUUGUCAAGUUUGAUAAAGGCCGCAUUGUGCAGCCUAGACGUUAUCUCUGUGUAAAAGGAGGACUGCAUAUGAGAAGAUUGAGACUGUAAUCAUGAAAAGGCUGUUAAUUCUCAGAACGUUUGUGUAUUUUGUUUGUUCUUGCAGAGAAAAGAAGAUGUCGCGUUGCAGUGCUCUCAGAGUACUAGAUCAUGCUAUGAUUGGCCCAGAGGGCACUGAUAACUGUCACAAAUUCGUGGACAUCCUAGGACUCAGAACUAUCUUCCCACUUUUCAUGAAAUCCCCCAAAAAGAUGAAGAAGUCUGGCAUACCCGAAAAGGAACACGAGGGUAAAUUUCAGAGGGAUGUUGGCUCUUUCUCUGCGGAAAGUGGUGGAGUCUGGCACUGCAUGUAUUAUCGAGUAGGGUUGGCAGAACUUCUUAUAAAAAGGAAGCGUGGGAUCUGGAAUCACUAUUUUACAUGCCAAGUUUUUUUUCUUUUUUUUCUUUUGACAAGACCAUGUCUUUGUGCAUCCUAUUUCAGUCCAAUAAAAAAUAAAUCUGUCUAAAACUAAAGAUUGUUAAAAAACAGGGGGAUGGGUGGAGAUUCUUUCUGAUGCUGAUACUGGGAUUAAUACAUGUAAACAAAUGAGAGAGGCAGCUAUGUAUUCACCUGCAGCUAAAAAUAGGAAAUGAACAGUCUGGGAAAUAAAGUAUAUUAUCCUUAGGAUUCCUAUAGUAACAAUAUAUUCUUUAGCACCUUACAAUAAAACAUUAAGGAUAUAUAACAUGUAUUGACAUACAAAGUAGUGUUGAGUGAGACAAUUUAAAAACUGAUUAUGGGAUUCUGGGCAGAAUUGCCAUUUAUUUGUUUUACUGAUUUAAAAUAAUCUCAUGUCUAUUUUUAUUUACGCAGAACACGUCUGCUCAAUCAUAGCCUCCCUUUUACGCAAUCUGAAAUUACAGCAGAGGACGAGGCUCAUCAGCAAGUUCACAGAAAAUGACAGUGAGAAGGUUCGAGGCUAAUCCCCCUUUUAUUAUCCUGAGACCUUCAUAGUCCUCUCUCAUAACUUUCUUAACUCUUUUUACUCACACCCGUCUAUGGAUGAAUCUUAUAUCUCCAUUUUGAUGUAUAAAACGCUCUUCGCCUUUCUUGCAGGUUGACCGUCUGAUGGAGCUGUACUUCAAAUAUCUGGAUGCUGUGAGGGUUGCAGACAAGAAGAUAGAGGGGGAGAAACAUGUUAGUAUCUUUGUAAUUCACGAGGCUGUGAUUCCUGGUUAGGUCCUCCUUUUCUGAAGCAAUUAAAAAUUCUUCUGUCACCGAGCAAACGGCUCUUUACAUGCUUAGAAAAUCCAAUUCCAUCUCUAAUAGGAAGUCACCAUUUGUGCAUCCUUUGUUCUUAGUCCAUUUAAAAACAUAAGAACCUUUUCUUUAAUGAGCGAUCUAGUUCACGUAUCAGAGUUAGAUUUAAUUUAUCACUUGAUGUGUCUGUCUUUCUUACUAGGACAUGGUGCGCCGCGGUGAAAUUUUGGACGAUGACCUGGAAGAGGAGUUUUACCUGCGCAGAUUAGAUGCUGGCCUCUUCUUGCUGCAGCUUCUAUGCUAUAUUAUAGCGGAGCUUUGCAACGCAAACAUGCCACAGGUAUUACCAGUAACUGCAGCCUUCCUCUGCUUUUUCUAGAAAACCCUCCGGAGUCAUCCACACCUGGUCACAUUAUUUAAGGGAACUGGAAAGACUUGAGUCGUUUUGGAUAAACUAUAUGUUUACUUUGGGAUAUGUCUUCAACACAGAGGGAUGCACAUACUAAUGAGUGAAUUGAAAGUAAUUGCGUUAAAGGGAACAAAAUAGCCAACUGGUCUGUUACUCUGGCCUAAAAUUUGCAUUUGAUUUCAAUUUAUCACCUUCAUUAAUUUCUAAAGAAUGUCCAUUAUCACAGGUUUAGUGUUGGGAAGGAGGGACAAUUUCUCCUACAUCUGCCCUGCUUCUCCUGUCACUAGAUUUUGCCCUUGCUCCUUUGGAUCUGCUCAGGUUCGUGUUCUGAUUCAGGCAGUACGGUGUUAAAAAUGGAAUAGCAUUCAGGAAAGGACCGCUGAGCUGAAUAGUCUAAAUUAGUGGUUAUCAAGGUCUAUCAGGUGGUCUGGGAUUUAGGGAUUAUCAAAGAGAGAUAUUUGUUAAAUUAUGCACAGUUAAUGGCCAGGUGGAUUUUCAAGGGUCUGGUCUAAAUUGUUCUUCAAAUGGCACCCCUAAAGAGUUUUUGUUGGCCCACAUUUAGGAAGAAAAGCUAGUUGUACAGUGCUGUGCAGUUUAUAAAAUAUUAAAUUGCAACAUUUAUUAAAACCUCUAAGCUCCGUGCCUAAUCUUUUAUUUAUUUAUUUCUAUUUAAUACAAAACAAAUUUGCACAACAUUAUUGUAAUUAGGUUCGACAGGGUUUACUGCACACACAACAAGUCCGCUCAACAUCAUGGGUGUCAAACAUUCCCUGGGCUGCAUUGAGCAAAGGAAUUGUCAUGGGCCACACAUAAAAUAUAUUAUACCAUUUAUAUAAUAAAACUUCAAUUCCUUUUCUUAAUUAUGAUAUUUCUGUUGUUUAGUAGAUAACUCUUAUGUGUGAUCGCCAUAUUUAAGCAUACCAAAUUACGGAGCUAUCUGCUAAACACAUUCACAUGUAUAUGCAUACAUAACCACAGAAACACACAUAAUCAUAAUCUCAUACAUACACACAUAAUCACAGACCCACACACACACACGUACAAUCACAGACCUAUACACACAUUUAGUACAUAGGAGUUCCACCGAGCCUCCCUACCUUGCUCUGGGAUUGCUGGAGUGGACCAUCUCCCUGGUGGCAUGUGGUUGGCUCUGGGAUCUCUGUGCUCUUCCUGCACAGGUCCCUCGUGCUCCUUCUAGUGAUGCCAAGAUGACAUCAUAUCCGUGCUGACUGCUCACCACAGGGUGCGCGAGGUGAAGAGCACAGCAAGUAAUUGGUUCGCUGCCUCCCUCACCACCUGGCAGUCUGGACAGGUAGACUGGGCCUCAUUUCAGGUGGCUCAGGACCACAUGCGAGCCCAUGGGCUGAGGGUUGGACAUGCCUGUUCUAAAUGAAAAUGUUUUCCCUAUAGUGUGUAGUUGAUAUUAUGUGAAAUAUUUUGCUUAAUUAUUGUAAAUAUGACAACUAUCUUUGCUAAACAGUAUAUUGAAAGUCCUACACUUCUAUACCAGAAGUCUCAAGGUCAACAGUGACAGAUUAUUGGUUUUAAUUGUAAUAGACCAAAGGAAUUGGGGUUCCUUUUAAAUAUAAAAAUGUGGCUCUCUUGACUGGUAUAGGUGAAUGACUUCUGGUGACCCUGACAGGUUGCAUAUUCCCUGCACAGGAAAACAUUGUAUGAUUCUUAAAAAUUGCUGUUUUGUCCUCCAACUAUGUGCAACUUAUGUGUAACUGUUGCUUCUUUAAGUUUCUUCUGUGGGGGCAAUUCUCUGAAAGAUUACUGCUGUUCAUUUGUCAAAAUUCAUUGGUUUAACUUUUUUGGCUAUUCCCAAAAGACAAGUUUCAACAUUCAUACAUUUUAUACACAUCCUGGGAGCUUUACUUAUUUCAAUGCACCAUUCUUGAUUUUCAUGUCUUUGCUGUAUCCUGUUAAAGUCAAAGUAUCAUGGCUGCUCUCUUAAUUCCCCUCCACGUGUUUUUCAGAUACGACAGAGAGUGAUGCAAAUUUUAAACAUGAGAGGAAGCUCUGUGAAAAUUCUUCGGCACAUUCUGAAAGGUAAGCAUCAUGCAAAGAUUUAAAACAGUCAUCUUCUUGACCUUUUUAACUUGUACAAUACCUUGAAAGGGAAUAUGAAUAGUGAGGCAUAGAAGGACUUCUAUUGAGUGAAUAUAUUAAGUAAUAGGAGGAGAUAGUUUGGGUUAUGGAGUAAUAGAAGUACUCCUACAUAAACAUGUUAAAGCUCCUUGACUUUGUGACCUGUGUAGUGCAGAUGAAGGUAUUAUUUGAAAACUAGGUGAAAUAGGUUAAAGUAAAAGUGUACUUUGCUUCAACUACCCAAAAUCCAACCUUCUUUUACAGAAUAUUCAGAGAGUAUCGGAGACGGAAAGAGUGCAGAGUUCCGGGAGAGUGAACAGAAGAGAAUCUUGGAACUGGUGGAGACUUUGUAG